GUCAGGUUGGAGGUGAUUUUUCUCUGCCCCGAUAAUUUCGUGGGUUUCUCGAGAACUGUGAUGUAUUUCUGACCUGUAUGAGUGUGGGAGCCACAUGGCAUGUUCGCUCUUCCGCAAGAUCCAGGCCGCGUCUGUCAUUGUGAUAAUCGGUGCGGCCUUAUGGGUUCUGGCUUGCAUUUCAAGUUACCAUCUCCGACGGAACCAGUUUUUAUUAUUUUCUGAGAAGGACGAAUCCAGCUAUGGUGGGGCUCGAAUGGUCUUGAUUCUAGCUUACAUGCGGGGCGGUAGUUCCUUCACUGGCAAACUUUUUGAUUCCAACAAAGAAGCGUUUUACGUGUUUGAGCCACUAUAUCAUAUCUAUGAACGAGCCCUCAAACAUCCUAACUUUAUGAAGCACGUGGCAAAGUCGAAUGGCCCAGCUCCUGUCGCUGAAAAUGCCACACUCUUUGCCCAACAAUUGCUACGUUCUUAUCUCGCGUGCAGCAUCAACAGUAUUUCGGUGAUAAAUUUUUAUGACGUUUUCUUGAAAGAAGGGUCGAAAACAAAGGAGUUCCUAACUUGUGGGAAGACGCAGCCUGAGUGCUUAAAAGAAGCAACAUAUGCCUGUCAGGAAAGCAAAGUCCGGGUCAUCAAAACGAUUCGAUUUAGAAUGUCAGACGUCUCCGACUUGAUGGAUAGCUUGCCAUCUUUGAAAGUAGUCCAUCUUGUGAGAGAUCCACGCGGAAUAAUAUCCUCAAGAAUGAAUCACUUUGGAAAUUACAAAAAGACUGGUGACAUUUUGGAGGACGUCACAAAACUCUGUCAGUCCAUGUUGAAAGACUUUCAUUCGGUAAAAUUGUAUAGAAGACGAUUCCCAGACCGAAUUAUGACAAUUUUAUAUGAAGAUCUGGCGGAGAGGCCGGAAGUAAUUACUGCGCAAAUCUAUAAGUUUGUAAACUCUCCUCUACCGGAGAGUGUUAGGGAAUGGAUUCAUGCUAACACACAGGCGGAGACUGACGAAGAGCUGCAAUCGUUCAUGGGGACUCAGCGUAAAAACUCCAGCCUCACAGCCUCGUUCUGGCGGACUCGCAUUUCGCUGCAACUGGCGAAGUACGUGGAUCAAAAGUGUCACGAGAUUUACAAGAAAGUUGGAUACCUUCCUGUUCAAAACUUAACCCACUUAAAAGACAACCUUGUCUCACUGAGAGACAGAACGCCUCCUAAUUACCAGUCUAAUUAAAAUAGAUUUUAUGUGUA